AUGUCGGUGACCCUGAGGCUCCGGGGUCCGGCCGUGGGGAAGGCGGGGCGCGCGCGGCCACCUGGACAGACAGGGAGGGAGGCUGCAGGGGGACAGCGAGAUCGUGGAGGACCCGCCCGCUUCUCUCCUAGCCAGACGCCGUCCUUGGAAAAGAUGGGAGGCCAGGAGCGGCCGGCGCCCCCCGCCAGCCUGUUUGCGGACGGGCACCUGGUCCUGUGGACGCUGUGCUCGGUGCUGCUGCCUGUGUUCAUCACCUUCUGGUGCAGCGUCCAGCGGUCGCGCCGGCAGCUGCACCGCAGGGACAUCUUCCGCAAGAGCAAGCACGGCUGGCGCGACACGGACCUGUUCAGCCAGCCCACCUACUGCUGUGUGUGCGCGCAGCACAUCCUGCAGGGCGCCUUCUGCGACUGCUGUGGGCUGCGCGUGGACGAGGGCUGCCUCAAGAAGGCCGACAAGCGCUUCCCCUGCAAGGAGAUCAUGCUCAAGAGUGACAGCAAGGCCGUGGACGCCAUGCCCCACCACUGGAUCCGGGGAAACGUCCCCCUGUGCAGUUACUGUGUGGUUUGCAAGCAGCAGUGCGGCAACCAGCCCAAGCUCUGCGAUUACAGGUGCGUUUGGUGUCAGAAAACAGUACAUGAUGAGUGUAUGAAAAAUAGCUUAAGGAAUGAAAAGUGUGAUUUUGGAGAAUUCAAAAACCUCAUCAUUCCACCAAGUUAUUUAACCUCCAUUAAUCAUAUGCGUAAAGACAAAAAAACAGAUUAUGAAAUGCUCGCCUCUAAACUUGGAAAGCAAUGGACUCCAUUAAUAAUUCUGGCCAACUCUCGUAGUGGAACUAACAUGGGAGAAGGAUUGCUGGGAGAAUUCAGGAUCCUCCUAAAUCCCGUCCAGGUUUUUGAUAUUACUAAAACUCCCCCCAUCAAAGCCCUACAACUUUGUACUCUUCUUCCCUAUGACUCAGCUCGAGUGCUUGUCUGUGGAGGGGAUGGGACUGUCGGCUGGGUCCUGGAUGCCCUUGACGAAAUGAAGAUUAAGGGGCAAGAGAAAUACAUUCCACAAGUUGCAGUCUUGCCUCUGGGAACAGGCAAUGAUCUAUCCAAUACCUUGGGGUGGGGAACAGGUUAUGCGGGAGAAAUCCCAGUUGCACAAGUCUUAAGAAACGUGAUGGACGCAGAUGGAAUUAAACUAGAUAGAUGGAAAGUUCAAGUAACAAAUAAAGGAUACUACAACUUAAGAAAACCCAAGGAAUUCACAAUGAACAACUAUUUUUCUGUUGGACCUGACGCUCUCAUGGCCCUCAAUUUUCACGCGCACCGUGAGAAGGCCCCGUCUCUGUUUUCUAGCAGAAUUCUUAAUAAGGCUGUUUACUUAUUUUAUGGAACCAAAGAUUGUUUAGUGCAAGAAUGUAAAGAUUUGAAUAAAAAAGUUGAGCUAGAGCUGGAUGGUGAGCGAGUAGAACUGCCGAAUUUGGAAGGCAUCAUCGUUCUGAAUAUCGGCUACUGGGGUGGCGGCUGCAGACUGUGGGAAGGGAUGGGGGACGAGCCUUUCCCUCUAGCCAGGCAUGAUGAUGGUUUAUUGGAAGUCGUUGGAGUAUAUGGGUCUUUCCACUGUGCUCAGAUUCAAGUGAAACUGGCGAAUCCUUUUCGAAUAGGACAAGCACAUACAGUGCGACUAAUCUUGAAGUGCUCAAUGAUGCCAAUGCAGGUAGAUGGGGAGCCGUGGGCCCAGGGGCCCUGCACCGUCACCAUAACCCACAAGACACACGCUCUGAUGUUGUAUUUCUCUGGAGAGCAAACAGAUGACGACGUCUCUAGUGCUUCAGAUCAAGAGGAUACAAAGGAGACUGAGUAG